CUGUCUAGGUUUAGCGUUGUGUUAUAUGUAGAGAUCCACUUUCACUUGCCUUUUGCCAAACAGUCAACUACACCUUUUGCAAAACCGAGUCCCAGUUUGUUUUCAACCCUGUCUGGUUUUUUUCGAUUUUUGCUUUUUGCUAGAUUUUUUAUUUUCACCCUGUUCCAGUGUGUGCCUCCCUGCAUUUCUUUUUUAAUUUACUUCUCUUAUUGUCAGCUGUCUUUUUCUGUAUUACUUUAAACCAAAGAGAUCAGUAACAGAGUGAUACAGUUGUGCCCAGCUUGCUGCUACGACAUGUCAAACCCACAGAAUCUACAGCAAGGUCACGCACUGGCUCAAAUGUUGGCCGACAUGGCGGACUUGCAGCAGCAGCAGGCGCGGAUGCUACAAAACCUUUUGACUCAGUUUGGGGCCGCUGCGACUCCGCUCCACCUGGAUGAGCUGAAACUCUCUCCAGAAGACCAUCGUCGCCGCUUCCGUGGUUGCCGCAUGGGACCACAAGACCGGCCUUCGGCUUUUGCCCAGCAGCUCCGGUACGAUGCGGAGAGGUGGCUGCAUCCUGGCCCGACACAAGGGGAGGCGCGGCUGCUGGAGGCUGUCGUUCUGGAGCAGUUUGUGGAGGGGCUGCCAAGGGAAAUGGCGGACUGGGUCAAGUGUCACAAGCCGCCCAAUCUGGAGGUGGCAGUGAGGCUGGCUGAAGACCACAUGGCAGCGCGGACAGAAAACCCUGGAAGAUCGCUGCCAGGGGAGGUCCUGGCAGUGACAGACGCUGUACCUAGCUCACUGGGGGCUCCACAGAUGCAGGGACAGGUGUGUGAGCAGUGUGGGAACCUGGGACAUUUUCAACAGGAAUGCCCGCACAUGGAGGUGCAGGAGUACAGUGUUGCUGGGAUGUCUACACCCAACCCUGGUCGAGGAGGGAUGUACAGCGUUCUGUCUCCAGUCUCAGCUCAACACAGCCCGUUCCUCCUGCACUAUCAGGAGCAGGAGCAGCAGAAACUCCUCAACAGCAACAUUGUACCCCAUCAGCACAAAGAGGGAGAGAGAGGAACAGAGAGGGAGAUGGAGAAUGAGGACAGAACAGAGAUGGAACAAGAGCAGGAUUUGCCAUCCAUAAGUGAAAAAGGAAAAAGAAAGUCAGAUCUUUCUCAGAGUGAGUUCGGAGAAUGGCAACCAUCUCCUAAACGACAAGACAGCUGUGCAGCAGGAUCCCAGUCAGAAACAGAAAUACUGUCUGAUGUCAAAGACAUAAUGAGACGUGUCAGUGAAAGAAUACAUGGCCGUGACAAGCUCAGCACUUUCCUAAAGGAUAAAAUCAAAGAUUUGGAGACAGAAAAGAGGCACCUGGUUGGUGUCUUUGGUAAAACCGGGGCUGGAAAGAGCUCUUUAAUCAAUGCCAUCAUAAAUAAGGAGGGCCUGUUGCCUUCUGCAAGUGUCAGUGCAUGUACCUCAGUAAUGAUAAAGGUGGAGGCAACCAAUGGAUCAAAGUAUGAGGCACACAUCGAGUUCAUUACAAAAGAGGAUUGGGAAAAUGAGGUGCAGUCCCUAAAACUGGCUCUUGAAGAAGAAGAUGAUGAUGAUGAUGAUGAUAAUGAUGGUGGUAAUAAUGAUUCACUUGACCCUGAUGGAAAGUUAUCAGCACUGUAUGGAGAAGAGUGGAAAGAAAAAUCCACUCACAGCCUCAUGGACAGCAAAUAUUUCAGAGAUAUUCCAGAGUUUCGAAUGUCCAAGAUAAAAAUUUUGGAAAGUGACUCAGCUGAAGGGUUGUCUGAAGAAUUUGUGAGAUAUACAAGAAGUGAGUCAAAAGAGACAGAAGAAGUAAAGAGGUGGUACUGGCCGCUUGUGAAGUGUGUGACUGUCAAAGUGCCAGACAAUGAUUUUCUUGAUCACGUCACACUCGUGGACCUUCCUGGAAAUGGUGACCGUAACAAAAGCAGAGAUCAAAUGUGGACAGGGUUUAUUGCCAGUUGUUCUACAGUGUGGAUUGUGACUGAAAUGAAUCGAGCAGCAUCAGAAACAGAAGCCUGGGAGAUCCUGGAAGGUGCCAGCAGCCUGUUGGGAAAUGGUGGCGAGUGUCAGCAAAUUCAUUUUAUCUGCACCAAGUCAGAUCAUGAAAAACCAGAUGAUAUAAACAAAGUCAAGAAUGCAGUGACGAAGGAAUUCAAAAAGCAGAAAAUGCUUACGAAUCACUUCAGUGAGGAUUGUUUCAAAGUCUUCACAGUGAGCUCCACAGAAUUCCUCAAAGGGGAGAAUGUAAAUCCAGAUGUCAAUGAAAUACUGAAACUUAAGGAAAUUUUGAAAAAUCUGAAUGACACUCAUUCAGAGACCUCAAACUAUGUGUCUGGAGCUCAUGGGAUUCUGUCUUUGAUACAAGGGGCCAAAAGCAGAGAAGUGCUUGAACAAAAAAAUGAUGUGUGUGCAGUCCUUGAGGGAACCUUGAGCAUCCAACUUAAUCGAGUCAAAAAAGCAAUUGAAGACAUUAUAACAUCUUUUGAACAACGCCUACAGGAGGGGGUUGAAAAAUCCAAAAAAUCAUGUGAAAAAAAACUGAAGUCCUUCUUACACCCCAGUAAAACAAGUGGCGGCGGUUUUCACAAGACGCUAAAGUCUGCAGUUACAAAUGGUGGCAUCCAGAAACCAAAAAAAGGGAAACGAAAAGACCUCAACAUGAUAUUAGCAUUUUGUUUGACUGAAAGCAUUGAUAAAAAAUUCAGAAAGACCUUCCCAAACGACCUAAAAUGUGGACAUUUCAAUGGGGCCAUUGAUGCAUUUUCACUCAACACUGAUUCACUGAUUGAAAAGAACAAAAAUGUCAAAUUGCAACUGACAUUUCUCCAGACAGAGGAAAAAAAAAUGAAGACAAAGCUCAACAAAAUCAUCCUCACACAAAAGAAAUGGAUCUACAACAGUCUGACAGACACAAUCAGGAAUAACAUGAAAGGAUGCUAUAAAGAAGCAGCAGCCUUUGAAGGACCAGGCACCCUGAAGAGGAUGCGGGACACUAUUGAGAGACAUGUGGAGUCAAAGAUGGACAUGUUUGAAGAGGCAAAAAAUGCCAUGUUGGAGCAGUUGAACGAUUUGAAGGAAACUGUCCUGGGGACACUGGAGAAAACCAUGAAGGAAUCUAUUGAACACUCACUCAAGACUGAGGCCUGCUCACUGCCAGAUGUUUUGGAAUAUCUUGAGAUGGUGAAGAAACACUAUGAUGAACUUAAUGGGGGUCAAGAUGAAAAAGAGUAACCACACUGGAAACAGCUGAGGCCUGAAACCCACAGGACAUCCCUGAGGAAACACUGAUUAGAGACACGAGGUCUUUACAUAUUAUCACAGUAAUAUUUGUUUUGCUCUCUUUUAAUGUUGUGUUGAUGUGUACUUUUGACUUUUAAUUAAUUUUAUACAAAAAGCAUUUUAAAUAUUAUAGAUAUCAAUUAAAACUGCUAAUAUUAAGAUAUUAAUCACAAGGGUCUAAAUCAUGUUUUGAUUUCUUUCUUUUUAAAAAUUUGUAGUAGUUUUUAAUCACUUAUAGCAGAGCAUGAAGACAUGUAAUGCAUUCCCCAUUUAAGCCUGAGAUUUAUGGUUUUAAUUGUAAGAGUCUGAGAUUACAGUUUCCAAACGCAUUUUGAUUGUGUUGCUUGUUUUAAAUAUCAUAAUUUAAUGUUUUAAGUUGAUGUGUAUACUGUGGGUUCAUUGGGAUGGGAACAUUUAUUUUAAUGUAAGUGCUUAUCAGUUAAACACUGAGCCUUAUCCAACACUGAAAAGGUACCAAUUUUACAUCACAGUUCUAAUGACAAAUACUUGUUUGUUGCAGUUAUACAAUAUGUGUACAUGACAAAUAGUGAGAAAUAGGUGUAAGUAACGCUGUAGGAAAUCAUCAGCUACUUCUGUCAUCUCCCUGCCAUUUAGCUUUUUCUGGGUUUGGAAUUAUUGGUGAAUAUAUUACAGUUUGAGUUUAGGUUCAGGGUUGUUUCUUUGUUAUUUUUUGUUAUGUUAAAUGUUUAGCAUUUUAAUUACUUCUGUGCAUAUUGUUAAAUUCCUGUUUUGAUUUUUGUCGUCAGUAAUUCUCUCGUGUUUCCUCCACCCACCAGACUUUCUUUCUUCCUGAAACAGUUCAUUCACGUUUAGCAUUUACUGUCAUGUUUCCUGUAACCUUAUUUUAGUAGUGUCAUUACAAAAAAAUGACUUUGUUGAUUUUUAAAAAUACUCAGGAAAGGUACUAAAGUGCUUCCUUUAUUACCUCCUUUAACAUACAGGAUUAGGAUACACUGGUGAAACAAAGAUAUUUACAUCUCAUAAUUUUAAGUGACAGACCAUGCAGGUGUUGAAGAAAAAGAUUAACAACACUGAGAUUGUGGCAUAGAGCAUUUAAAUGUUAAUUAAUCCAGCACACUGUGAUGCAGCUAGUAUCAUUUAGCUUUCUUGCUUCCUUAUCUGUACUGAUUCUAAAAGAAUGCAUGUAUUUGAUAUUGUAUACUGUUCAAUAAAUCUUACGUGUAAGCAAAUAUUUAUUGUAAUCAUUAGAUAGAAACAUAUUUUUUUUAACCCAGAUCUUUUUAGCCUAAAACCACCAAAAAUUGCAUUGUGUGACCAACAUACAGUGGUGUGAAAAAGUGUUUACCCCCUUCCUGAUUUCCUAUUUUUUUGUUUGUCACACUUCAGUGUUUCAGAACAGCAAACAAAUUUGAAAAUCAAACAAAAAUAAUACUAGUAAACACAAAAUGGAGUUUCUAAAUGAAGGUCCCAAAAGGUUGAUUCUGUUCAUCUGGACGAAGCGUCAGAGGGAGAAACAUUCCUUCACUUAUCCAAGUGACUUCUUCAGUCUCAGCUGGCUGCAGGUUUCCCCAAACCUUAUAAACAGCACAUUUGCACAAUGACUGAAACCAGCCCACUGAAUAAACAAUGGACUGUGAGGUCAGGUCCUCGAUCAUUAAUAUGCAAAUUGUCAUGACCAUUGAUCAAUUGCCUUGAGUACCAAUCACAGAGUUUGGGAAUGUCUACAAUCACAGCAUUGCAAAAUGGCGAAAGGUGUACCCUUAUACCCCCUCCUUGAUUCAGAGAUGAUCUUUGCCUUUUCACAUAAAUGCCCUCCUCGACUCCCCAUUCAAACCAGCGUUCUUUCCUAAAUGCCCUGUUUGAGGAUUUAAAACAUUAAAGUGUGACAAACAUACAAGAAAAAAAAAAAGAAAAUCAGGUAGGGGAGAAAUAUGUUUUCACACUACUGUAGUUUUAAACACUACACAAAAAUUAUUCUACAAUCUAAAACUAAAGACAUUUUCUGUAUAUCAUUAUUUUAUUUUUGACCUUAUUAUAUUUUCUUUAUGAUGUUUUACAUAAUCUUAGAUUAGCCUCUUGUUUUUGUGACAAUUACUUAUUAUUUGACAUGAAAACAUUGCUUAAUUAAGUUGGAGUCUUUUUGUGUUUCUAAACAUGUUUUACUGCAUUGAUGAACAGUUGAGGGAGCUAAAAAUAUUUGGAGAAAUGUGCCAAGCCAGUUAAGAAAAACUAAUCAUCUCUUGACCCUUUAUCUUGUAAACCUUUCAGACAGGAAUGGCCUCUCACUAUAGGCUUUUCACUUCAUCACAAGUUCUUCUUCUGUCAAUCAGGGAAGCAGCCUUUUUUACAACAGGCCUAAUCCACGGUGGCUGGGAAGUGCAAAGCGCAAGAAAUAAAAAAUCCGCAACAAAUUAAAAAACGUAAGAUCAUUUUAUUUAUACUGUAUAAUCUGCUGUAAACAUUUCUGCCCGUGCGCGUUCAACUCUUUCUGUACACCGUUAUAUUUGUGCCACAAAACCAGCCAAUCUCAAACUUGGAUCCAAAAAAAUCUGAUUGGCUGUUUUGGUCUCCAGUCAGCUCGAAAUGAUGAGAUGCAAUAUCCCAGAAUGCAUUUCCUCCAAAACUCAAAUGAGGCAGUGGCAGAGGAACGCAGAGUGGCGGAGUUUAAAAUAUUACUCUUUCUGGAUCACAUAAAUAAACUUUUAAGAUAUUUUCAGGCAAGAAUGUUGCUGUGUAAACUUCAAAUAUCUUUACGAUUUAUCAAGACAUCACAUAUUUCCAAAAAUGCUCUUUUAGACCAUCUCUGAAUCGAGGAGGGGGCCUACGGGUACAUCUUUCGCCAUCUUACAAUGCUGUGAUUGCAGCCAUUCCCCAACUCUAACUAUUAAAUAACUGUUAAAGCCACAGAUGACUUUUGAUGAUUAUACUGCUGUAAUAAAAUCUGUUUCUUGGCAAUAAUUUUAAUAAGCUGUCUUGACAAUUGCAUGUAGUUGAUAUUGUAUACUGUUCAAUAAAUCUUGAGUGGAAGCAAAUAUU